AUGGAUCUCUCUAAUAAACCUUAUGGGAGUCUUACUCGAACUCGUAAACUGCAGAAUUCUGCACCAACAAUACCAGUAUUAAGUUCACCACCCAAUAAACUGGAUAGUGAAGUUAUCGUGGACAGCAUGUUUACACCAGAGAAAAAAAAGUCCCCCAAAAAACGACCUAGAACAUAUGGGAAAGGAAAGCCAUAUAUAUAUCCAGGUCCAAAUUCAACAGCCGCGUCGUCAUCUGACUCUGACCCAUUAGACACUAAUGCUGUCAAGGCUUCUCGAAGAUUACAAAAUGUGAUUGAGAUCUCCGAUGAUGAAUUUGAGAUUAUCGAUGUCAAGAAAAUAAAGGGAAACAUUGAUGUUGGAAGCAAGUUUGCACACAUUCGGAAGAAUAUUGAUGAUUCCCAACUGGCCAAGAGGAAGGAAAUGGAAGAAGAAUUCAAGCGCGCUUUGCCCGAUUUGGAUGCAUUUGAAGGAGGUCUUGCUUCAGAAAUAGAUUCCAAAAACAUUCUUCAUUCAUUAGAAUUGCAAAAUGAGAAAAAGGUCGAACCAACCAAGAAAAAAUUCCAGAGCUAUCAUAUUCCAGAGACUAUAACUUCCCAAAAGGAAUUAUUAGGGAGAGCAGAGACGUAUUUUCCAAUAAUCCCCAAGUUGGUCGACGGGGAGUUGAAGGUAUCCUCAUAUUACCAACAAGCCAGGAUUCAACGUAAAAAAUCGCAACGUGACGUUAUGGGAGCUGAUGAAAAUUGGAGUAUCGACUGGGAACAGUAUUUCGCAGGAUAUUAUGGAUUCAAACGUCAAUCAAUAAUCGGGGGUCAAAUAGCCAAGAAGUUCCGCAACAGAUUAUUAAAUUGUGAUAGUGACACUGUCGCGUAUUGGACGGUUUCUAAAUUUUGCACUUAUGUUUUGGCGAAUGAAAUCAUUAUUAGAAUGGUUAUGGAUGAUAAAAGAGUGCCAAAUAAGCACUACACUGUGCAGGAGGAAAGGGAGCUUAGACAGGCGGCCGAGAGGACCAUGCGAGAGACCGUAGAGUAUGGAACAAUUGUUGCUGAUUCCAUUGAAGUUAAGAACGAUCUUGACUUUCCCGAGGACAAGAAGAAAGUAAAGACAGAUAAGAAAGAAAAGAAGAAAGUACGAACGGAAGUAGACAAGCAAGUAGGCAAGAAAGCAGGCAAGAAAAUUGAGAAGGAUCUGUCAAAGAAAAGAACCCAUACUGACGUCAUUAGUAUCGAUAGUGAUGAUGAUGUCCAAGAUGGGAUCAUGGAUCUAAUAUAUAAUAUCAAAAGCCAGAAGUAG